CUUUCUUUUUCCCUCUAUUUUCUUACUCAUCUCUACCCUGAUUCCAACAGCAACCCGCACACCUGUAUCUCGCAUCCAGCACACCCCCCUCCGUUACUACUGUCCUUUAAUUACCUAGCACAAGCCAGCUUUAUUCAGCAAUCAUGGAAUUCGAGGAUGUGCUCACCAAUCAGCCGGUCGUUAUUGACAACGGGUCGGGCGUGAUCAAAGCAGGCUUCGCAGGCGAUGACCAGCCAAAGUCGUUCUUCUCCGCGUCCGUGGGGCGCCCAAAGCACCUGCGCAUGAUGGCGGGCGCCGUGGAGGGCGACUAUUUCAUCGGGCGGCAAGCCGAGGAGCUGCGGGGCCUUCUGCGCAUGAACUACCCGCUGGAGCACGGCGUGGUGACAGACUGGGAGGACAUGGAGAAGAUCUGGUCGUACAUCUACAACGACGAACUGAAGACCCUGUCGGAGGAGCACCCGGUUCUGCUGACCGAGGCACCAUUGAACCCGUCGUCGAACCGCGAGCAGGCAGCGCAGAUCUUCUUUGAAACGUUCAAUGUACCGGCAUUCUACACGGCAAUCCAGGCCGUGCUGAGUCUUUAUGCGUCGGGGCGCACCACGGGAAUCGUGCUGGAUUCAGGCGAUGGUGUCUCGCACGCGGUGCCGGUAUUUGAGGGCUUUGCCCUGCAGCACGCGAUCCGCCGGGUGGACAUUGCCGGUCGGGAUGUGACUGAUUACUUGCAGGUGCUGCUGCAAAAGGCUGGCUACAGGUUCAACACGACCGCUGAGCACGAGAUUGUGCGCCAGAUCAAGGAGAAAAUCUGCUACGUGGCGCUGGAUGCUGCCAAGGAGGAGAAGGAGCUGGCCUCCGUGGGCAGUGCCCGCUUGGAGUCUGUUGGCGGCUCAGGCAACGAGGCCAAGUCGCGCAGUGACGUGUUCAAGUUGCCCGAUGGCCACAUCAUCAACCUCGGCCAUGAGCGGUUCCGUGCCACCGAGAUUCUGUUCCAUCCCGAUAUCAUUGGUCUCGAGCACCCUGGUGUCCACCAGAUCGUGGUUGACUCGAUUAACCGUGCCGACAUUGAUCUGCGUCGCUCGCUGUACACGAACGUUGUUUUGUCUGGCGGCACUACGCUGACCAAGGGAUUCGGCGAUCGGUUGCUGUCGGAGCUCCGGAAGCAGGCCGUCAAGGACAGCAAGAUCAAGAUCUCGGCGCCGCCCGAGCGCAAAUACUCGACAUGGAUUGGUGGCUCCAUUCUGGCGUCGCUCAGCACCUUCAAGAAGAUGUGGGUGUCGGCUGAAGAGUACCAGGAGGAUCCGGAUAUUGUCCACAAGAAGUUCUACUAGUUGCAAGGAAUUCACGCCCCUAUGUUUUUCAAAAGCCUCUACAUUGCCAACAACACACUAAACUGAACCCCGGAGCUUCUAGGCCGAAGAGAAGGGUGCUGGAACCCGAUCGGCGAAUACACGAGCCACGCAGUCGUACAUACUUUGCACGACAUGCCUCUUGUCUCCUAUUGCUAGCUGCUA